GAAGUCAUGUGAUCUGUUUGACGUUUCGCCAUUUUGGAUAUGUUGGCAGCUUCCGUUUCAAGAUGUCGAGUUUCCACAAGGAAAUCUGACAAGUUUUUGUCCUAAUACUACCUAUUGUACUUCUAGGUUGAUUCCAAAUACACAGAAAACUUUUGAUGAGUUCUCAUAUUCGGCAUGAGUGAGGGGCAUCAGGAGAGUGGAGAUAUUGUGGAAAACCCUGAACCUGAAGCCGAUGCUGAACUUCCUGUGAUAGGCGGCGCAGUGGAAGAUGAUAGGGAGGUAUUUCAGGCAGAUGUGGCCGACCAACCAGAAGAUGACGGUGAGGUAGCUCGGGCAGAUGUGACUGACCAACCAGAAGAUGAUGGGCAGGUUGCUCGGGCAGAUGUGACUGACCAACCAGAAGAUGAUGGGCAGGUUGCUCGGGCAGAUGUGACUGACCGACCAGAAGAUGAUGGGCAGGUUGCUCGGGCAGAUGUGACUGACCAACCAGAAGAUGAUGGGCAGGUUGCUCGGGCAGAUGUGACUGACCGACCAGAAGAUGACGGUGAGGGAGCUCGGGCAGAUGUGACUGACCAACCAGAAGAUGAUGUUGAGGUAGCUCGGGCAGAUGUGACUGACCGACCAGAAGAUGACGGUGAGGUAGCUCGGGCAGAUGUGACUGACCGACCAGAAGAUGACGGUGAGGUAGCUCGGGCAGAUGUGACUGACCGACCAGAAGCUCAGGCAGAUGUGACUGACCAACCAGAAGAUGAAUGUGUGGGAGCAGAGCUGGAAGCUUCAGAGAGUGAACGACACACAAAUGGAUUUGAUGAUAUUGUCGAAGACUUGUUGGAUGUAGAGGGAGAGGCUUCGGAAAGUGAAAGACAUUCGAAUGAAAGUAAUGACAUAGUCGAGGAGGACCAAUCACUCAGUGUUGAAGGAGAUGCCUCAGAGAGUGAGAGACAUGCUGAUGGCAGUAAUGACGUUGUCGAAGAGUUGUUGGAUGUAGAAGAAGAGGCUUCAGAGAGUGAAAGGCAUUCUAAUGAAAAUAAUGACAUUGUUAAAGAGUCAAUGGAUGUGGAAGGUGAUGCUUCAGAGAGUGAAAGACAUGAAAAUAAUGAACACUCCCUGCAUGUCGAGGGGGAAGAGGCCGAGGGAGUCUUCCCCGUGCAGAUUGGUUCUGUUGCUGCCCCUGAACAUGAACAGGCAAGAGUGACCUCCCCUGAAUGUAGUCGAUCAAGGGAGACCACUCCAAAACAUAAUGGUGCAGAUCCAUCUGCAAAAUGUGGUGUGGCUGGCCAAAAACCUAUUUUUGUAGAUGCGUCAUUUUCUCAGGCAGACCAGUUGUGUUCUUCUGGGUCCAAUUUCUCUGUUGCAAGUGGCCAUGAUUAUUCCGAGGAAGAUGAGGUAUCACAAGAUGCUGUGACCAUGAACUGUGAUGGUGGCUCACACAGUGCAGAAAACAGUGUUAAGGUUGUGAAUGAAGGGUCAGAUCGAGAACGUGCAGAUCAGUGUCCAAUACAAGCAGCUGCUCCAGAGGAUGGAGAUGCUAGUCAGCUUGUAGAAGAUCCUCAAGCUCCUGAGUGUGAUCGGAACUUUGCACUUGGACUCGACUCUGGAACCGAGCACAAUUCAAACGAAGACCAUCCAUCAUGUGAGCCCCCCAUAUCUUUGGAAGGAGCUGUAGGACGUUCUAUGUCAGACGUUUCAGGUGGUUCAAAUGUGGAGCUGAAACUGCCCUCUCCUUCAAAAUGUCCUGACAGUUCAAACUUGCCAUCAUCGGAUGUUACAGGAGUAGGUGCUCAGUCGGGUCAAGUUAAUGGAAACCCAGACAAUGUGGAGUGUGGUACAGAGAUAGGUGUGGAACUCUCAGAAGAAUAUUCUGACGUUGAGUAUAGCAAACAACAGCAAAGUGUCUCUGCUGUUUCAUCUACGGCAAACCAGAAAGAGACACAAAAAGACAUAUCUACUCCUCUGUGUUCUGUUCAGUCAAAUUCCCCAUCUCAAGCUAAAGCUAGUCCCGGUGGUUCUCUACCAUCACAUCUCGGUCACCCAAGUCCGGAACAGUCUCGUGUAUCAGGGGUGGACUCGGGUGAUGUAGAGGAUGACCUCCUGUCAGAACUCGAUGCAGCAUUGCAUUCACACACCGAUGUGUCCCAGCUAGAACCUAUUGUAGAGAGGGCCACAGACUCUGCGAUGGAACCGUGGAUGGAAGGUGAGCAGCUGAGUGGCAGUGAUUCCCUUCCUAAUGGAUUCAGUGUGGCCGAAUUGUGUGACUCUCCUCAGGUCAAGGCGAUCUAUGAGCAACUGAUGCGAAUGCAGAAACAAGUGGAGGACAGUCAGACAAAACUUAGCAGACUACACUCAGAGAAGCAGCAGCAAGUUGAGGCAUUGGCGACGACGGUAAAGGAAAGGGACUCCUACCUGAGACAGGUGCAGGCCUUGAAGACUCGCAACCCCGACGACUACUACCUGCCCCAGAUAAAGGAGCUGGAGUACACUAUAGCGCAGCAGCAGAAUGAGAUGCGAGGCCUCAAGGACAAGCUGUCCUCCCACGAUAAUGCUGCCAAGAGGGCGGUGUCCACACUGCAGAAUGAACUCAAGGUCAGGGUUGACCAGGUUACAAAGAUGUAUGAAGAAUGUGUUCGGGAGAAGGACGCCAUGGUUGUAAAGUACGCAGAGUCAGAACAGAAGAACAUCGAAUGUCGGAAGAUGGUGGAGAAGCUGGAAACAAAGAUCAGAGAGUCUGCGAAGGACCGAGAGUCAAUGGUCAGCAAGGUGAAGGCUGUCAAGAUAGAGAAGCACAGAGCAGUGGCAGACAUGGAGGCCAAGUCAUCGGAGUUGACGCAGGCACUGAAGGAGAUAGAGAAGAUGAGGGAGGCGUUGUCAUCUGCUGAUGUGAGAAUCAAGUGGGCACAGAACAAGCUGAGGGCAGAGCUGGAUUCUCACAAGGAAACAAAGGCCACGCUGGACAAGACAAACUUUAAACUGAAGGAGGCGAAGGAGGAGACGAUGCAGAUUCGACGAGACUGUCAGGCCAUGAUCAAGACGUACCAGGAGUCGGAGGAGAUCAAGUCCAACUCCCUAGACAAGGAGCUGAAGGUGAAGGAGACGGAGCUGAUCAUCCAGCGCCAGGAGCGAGAUGACCGCGAGGAGCUGUACAUGAUGACCAGCCGGGAGCUGGAGUCUCUCAAGGUGAAGCACAAGGACAGCCUGGAGGAGUUGAUCACAAUCCGGGACAAGCUGCGAGGUCUGGAGGAGGAGCGACACCAGAAGCAGGACAUGCUGACCCAGUUCCAGGGCAUCAUGCAGCAGCAGAAGGAGGAGAACCGCGACCUCCACACCAAGACCUCCGGCAUGGGGCAACUGCAAGAUGACUUCAGCAGGGCCCAGGACAUGAUCAAGACAUUGGACCGGGACAUCACCGACCUCAUGGUGACCAACAAGGACCUCCAGCAGGACAUGGAGGGGUGCCGUCGUCGCGAGUCCGAGCUCCUUGACCUCACCGAGAAACUGAGUCGGAAGAAUGCCAAGCUACAGUCUGACAACACUAACCUCACUAACCAGGUUGUGACGUUGUCAAGUGAGGCAGAGAAGUGGAAGAUGGAGAUACAAGAGCUGGAGACUCGGGGCCAAGAUUUUGAGGACAAUUGGACCACAGAACAAAGGAAGAGGAAGGAAGAGACGGAAUCCCUCAGAGCAGAGCUGGAAGAGAAGACAAAACAUGUUGACAACUACCAGCAGCAGCUGGAGGAUGAGAAGGACCUGACGCGGACGUUGAAGCGGAAGCAUGUCAACAACCUCAAGGACUUGACGCGGCAGCUCCAGCAGGCCCGGAGGAAGCUAGAAGCCCAUGAGAACCACGUAGAGCGGGACACAACCAGCAUGGGGUCUCGCACUAGCUCAAACGGGUCCCUCAACACCCUAGGAGAUAACGCCACAGCUCAUAACAAUACCAACAUUAACAGUAACCACAGCUCGAACAGCAACUCUAGAGCCCCCAGCCAUGAACAGGAGUACCCAGUGAUAACGGAGCAGGUCGAGGUGGACAAGCAGGUCCUCAUUGAGCGGAUUGUUCGAUUGCAAAAGGCCCAUGCCAGGAAGAAUGAGAAGCUCGAGUUCCUGGAUGACCACAUCCAUCAGCUGGUGGACGAGAUACAGAAGAAAAACAGGAUCAUCCAGAACUACGUGAUGAGAGAGGAAUCGGGCACCCUGGCGCCGGAAUACAUGGACGAAAACAAACUGCGAGCUAGGACCGAGUCACAGGCUCUCCUGGCUAAGAAGGGUGGCAUCAUGGCAUCCGUGUACAGCCAACACCAACAGGAUGGCACCAUGACCCUUGACCUCUCGUUGGAGAUCAACAAGAAGCUACAGGGAGUUUUGGAGGACACACUUCUUAAAAACAUCACACUGAAGGAAAGCUUAGACACGUUAGGGACAGAAAUUGCCAGGCUUUCCCAGGAGAACAGGCAUAUGCAGCUUACCAUUCAGGAACUGCCACACUGACAGACAGCCAGUUGGACGGAUGGACAGACAGAUAACUGGCAAUACAAGAACUGCGACACGGAUAGUCUGUAGACAAUCCAGCUGGACCUUGCACACUCCUUUCUCCAUGUGUAUUCUGAAAUUGCGAGACGGCACUGUGUCCUGACUAUCCACAUGGCAUAAUGUCUCCUUGCACAUGGUUCAGAAGUCAAUUGUAUGAUAAGGAAGACAUUGUCGAAAUGACCAAGGAUGGAUAUGGACUUGUGUGAUUCUAUUGACUGUGGUGGGGAACAAUGAUCUUGUGUACAUGGAGCUCUUUCUCUUCGUGUUGUGAACAUUCCUACCAUAAAAUGAUGCUGGAAUAAUCAGACACAACUAAGAUGACCCAGUGUGGAUCGAAAACUGCAACACUAUAAACAGAUAUAUCUCCUUUGAAACCAUUCUAAUCAGACUAUUUUUGCACUUGUGGAACUGACUUCAACGCACAGCUAUUCAACUGCAAUUACUGUUUGAUACUAUAUAAGACAGUAUGGCUCCAGCAAUGUCUCAGGCUGUCAGACUCUUGGUGUGAAUGAAACUCUUGGUGUUGAAUGUUAGUUUUGAGGUGCUGCACUUGGUAGAAGUGACACAUUGUUGUGCCGUUAUUGAGUGGAAUAAUACCUUUGAAUAAUUGGGGUAGACUGCCGAAUAUCACUAUGUUACCUGUCACGGAAGCGGCUGUGAUUUAUCUGUGAUUGAAGCUUGUACUACAAAGGCUGUGACUAUCCAGAGAUUGCUCUAAGUUAUUCUUUUCUUGUUCUUGUUUGUGAAACGGUGUGUGGAAUCCAUUUCCUAAUUGUUCCCAUGUCCAUCCCUGAAGGAUGGUACGGUCAAAUCCUCAGAUAAAUCUGUGAUAACUUGCUGCACUAGUGACUUACAGACAUUCGAGGUAGAAGAUUAUCACGGUGGAUAUCUUCAUGUGUACUGUGGUGGAUCGAUCAGCAUGGCUGGGGUUCACUGGAGGUUAUGUAAGAGUUACAUUAUACUUUGGGAACAUCUUCCGGAGGCAAGUGUAUAUCAAAGCCUAGUUUUCUACCCUUGCCACAUGAAGGCCACUUUUCUUAGCUCAACCAUGGCGUCACCUCACGAGUUGUGCCCCUUGUAAUGAAAACACAAUAUCCAAUAAGAUCACUGUUCUUAUCACAUAUAGCUUCAAAAAGAUGCUGACGACCUAGUCGAUCAGAUAAAGAAAUCAUUUGCGAACACAUAAAUAAAGGCAAUCAUUUUUCGAUGAAAAAGAUGUGUCAGCAAAGACAGGCAGCGGUAAAUCACUUUCAUACAAAAUCAUGGAUGUUGGUUUUGUGAAACAUUCUGAUUGGACUAUCGAUAUGUGUGAUAGUCCAAUCAUAUUUAGCACAGAAAAGUGGCAAGAAGACAAAAAGGCUAGAGGAUGCUCUUGCUUUGGGAAAUGCCAAAUGUGGUUUGCACUUUGCAGAAACAAAUUAACAUUGAAGAUGUAUAAACCAUUGUAUCAGAACAUCCUGUGAAAGUGCUGUUGAUACGAAUUAUUUAGCCAUAACUUCAGCUGCCAAUCUCCUACCUAGAGUCUGGUGUACCAACAUUGUUUUCAUUCUUAUCUUUGUCUCAGUGUUUUCUCUUUUCAACUUAUCAAUUUCUUAUGUUAUUCAUUCACUCCAACUUGUGAAAACCCUUUGUAACUGUUAUCGUGGUUAGACAUCAAAUAUUUAUCUCGUCUCACAUAGAUUUCAUGUGCACCUGGUCCUGAUCCAUGCUUGUUGGUUUGGAGGGGGUGGGUGGGAUGUUUAGGGAUUUGUCUGUCUACCUGCUUGUAUAUGUGUGUUAGUGCCCUUGUAGGGUAUAACAGUGUUUAUAUCUCAUCUUGGCCGAUGUGUGUAAUAUGUGUUGCUCACUCUGUUGAACCAACUGCCAUGGGUUCUCUCUAGUGAUUAAAUUGAUUUUUCA